GGGAGCAAAAUGGCGGCGGCCGGAGGGGGGGAGUGAUGGCGGCGGUUGAGGACUGUGGCGCCGGGCGCUGACGGGCUCCGGCUUCCCCGCGACCACCGGGCCGGGGCUCUCUGGCCUCGCUUCCCCGUGUCUAGGUCUGCGCCGGGCACCGGUAGGGCAGGUUCCGGCCCUGGGCCUGCCCCGGUGCCGCUCUGCUCUCGGGUGACCGGUGCGCGGGAGCCUCGGGGUGAAUUCCGCUGGACCGAGGGAGCAUCUCUCGCCCGGGGCUGCGGGGAUGGAGCCGCUGCCCGAGCUCUACGCCAUCUUCCAGGGGGAGGUUGCCACAGUGACAGAAUAUGGAGCAUUUAUCAAAAUCCCAGGCUGCAGGAAGCAAGGCCUUGUCCAUAGGACUCACAUGUCCUCCUGCCGUGUGGACAAACCCUCUGAGAUAGUAGAUGUUGGAGACAAAGUGUGGGUGAAGCUUAUUGGAAAAGAGAUGAAAGAUGACAAGCUGAAGCUUUCCCUCUCCAUGAAAGUCGUUAACCAAGGCACAGGAAAAGACCUGGAUCCCAACAACGUUUCUCUUGAUCAGGAUGAGAGGAAAAAGCGCAUGUUCAGAGACUACACCAGCCAGAAGAUCACACUGGAAGCUGUUUUGAACACUGUGUGCAAGAAAUGUGGCUGCAAAGGACAUUUUGCCAAGGAGUGUUUCGUGCAGCCUGGAGGGACCAAAUACAGCCUCAUUCCAGAGGAGGAGGAGGAAGAGGAGGUGGCAGCAGCAGGAUGUGAAAAGGAUAAAAAGACCAGCCUGGCUGAGGAUUCUUCAAAAAAAAGGAAAAAGGAGAAGAAGAAGAAGAAGAAGCACAAGAAUAAGCUGUCCUCAGAGUCGGACUCAGCCAGCUCGGACUCGGACAGCGACGGGGCUCCGCCGGCCGGCAAGAGGAGCAAGCACUCGGGGAAGCCCAGCAAGGCUGAGAAGAAGAAGAAGAAAAAGAAGCAUAAGAAGAAGCCCCGGGACUGAAGGGCACCCCGAGCCCCUGCUGUGCCCCACGAGGAGUGAGCACUGAACCAGAGUGUCCCCCUUGCUCCAGGGGCGAGUUUCCCUCUCUCCGAGUACCGCUCGCCGUGUGCCGUUACGGGUGGUGACUUUGAGACGAGUUGUCCCCCGUUUUCCUUCAGCCUGGGGUGACAUUUUCUUCCAUCAGCGAGCUCUCCUGCCAAAAUUGGCUAAUUACACCCCUUCGUCGGCACCUCUCCCGGCUCAUAGCCUCCUGUUUUGCUGGGGAAGCUGCCAAGGGUGGCUCUUUGGCCAGUGUGACCAGCUUGCCCCCCCAGCCUGCAUGACAUCAGCCCCUGGCCCGUGGCCUGGAGAAGGUGGAGCUGGGCCACCGUGCUCUCCCUGCCCGUCCCCUCACUGUGCUUGGGGACAGGGGUGGCUGUUGCUGGGCCCCAUGGGGGGGGCUGUGUCCCCCCCUGGCUGGUGACGGGGCAGAGCCUUGGCUUCGCUCCCCAAACUCCAUCCCCAGCCUCACUCCCCGUGUCUGCAAACACUGGGGUGAAAGAGUGAGAAGCAAAUGGGGAGAGUGGAGAUAUUUUAAGUAAACACGGACCGUGGUGUGUUUGCCGCCUUGGGAAGUGAUGGAAAAUAAAUCUCUCCAAUCUCCAGUUGUACUUUGAACCCCGUCUUGUCUUUGGCACGUUCUAUGCUUCACCUUGAGCCGUGAAAAGAUGGGGCUGGUUCAUGGGAGGGGAUGUGACCUGUGUUAAAGCUUGGAGAACCAGCUGCGAUGGGCUACUGGGAUCACUGGCCGUUUAACUCCAUCACUGCCAGGAUGGAUUUAACCCCCACGCUGCUCCCCACAGCCUGGCUGGGACCCCUGGGACUCAUUGGGGUGAGCACAUGCCAAAAAAAGCCUUUUUUUUCCAAGUAAACUGCUGACCAGGUUGUAACAA